CUUUCCGGAAGCUGACAGUCAUCUGAUUUUUCUGUUUCCCUCCUGUGUUUCCUUGUUAGCCAGCGUCAGUGCUAGCCAACAAAACAACCGUCCCACUCUCUACACCCUCCAUUACCGAGCUAUUCUUUGUCCCCCAUCUUCCAGGAGUUGAUAUAACUCCUACUUCACCAAAACAAUGGACGAGACGAGUCCGCUUGUCUCUCCGCUGCGGGACUCAGGUGAUUUCAACUACUGCCCCACAGAGCCCACCAGCCCCCGGGGCGCGUUUGGAAGCACACCGGGCUCAGUGGUCCGCAUCCCGGCUGGCAGUCCGGGGCUCAGCCGGGAGAGACAGCCGCUCCUGGACCGGGACCGGGGCAGCUCGCCGCGAGAGCCGCACAAGAACGAGUUCCCAGAGGAUCCCGAGUUCAGAGAAAUCAUCCGAAAGGCCGAGAGGGCCAUAGAGGAGGGGAUCUACCCGGAGAGGAUCUAUCAGGGGUCCAGUGGAAGCUAUUUUGUCAAAGACUCACAGGGGAAAAUCAUCGGUGUGUUCAAACCUAAGAAUGAAGAGCCCUACGGCCAGCUGAACCCAAAGUGGACUAAGUGGCUGCAGAAACUAUGCUGUCCCUGCUGUUUCGGACGCGACUGUUUGGUCUUAAACCAGGGUUAUCUCUCAGAAGCCGGGGCCAGCCUGGUGGAUCAGAAACUGGAGCUCAACAUCGUUCCCAGAACCAAGGUGGUGUACCUAGCGAGUGAAACGUUCAACUACAGUGCCAUAGACCGGGUCAAAUCACGAGGAAAGAGGCUUGCUCUGGAGAAGGUGCCAAAAGUGGGCCAGCGCUUCCACAGGAUCGGGCUGCCUCCAAAGGUCGGCUCCUUCCAGCUCUUUGUGGAUGGAUACAAAGAUGCAGAUUUCUGGCUGCGGAGGUUUGAAGCAGACCCUUUGCCUGAAAACACCAACCGUCAGCUUCAGCUUCAGUUUGAGCGGCUUGUAGUCCUCGAUUACAUCAUCAGAAACACAGACCGGGGAAACGACAACUGGUUGCUGAAGUACGACUGUCCCAUGGACCCUGUAGGAAAUAGGGACACAGACUGGGUGGUAGUAAAGGAUCCCAUCAUCAAGCUGGCAGCUAUAGACAACGGCCUCGCCUUCCCCCUCAAACACCCAGACUCCUGGAGAGCCUAUCCCUUCUACUGGGCGUGGCUGUCCCAGGCCAAAGUUCCCUUCUCGCAGGAAAUCCGAGAACUGGUCCUGCCCAAACUCUCCGACCCAAAUUUCAUCAAAGACCUGGAAGAGGACUUGUACGAAUUGUUUAAGAAAGAUCCGGGUUUUGACAGAGGACAGUUUCAUAAACAAGUAGCUGUCAUGAGGGGGCAGAUCCUCAACUUGUGCCAAGCCCUGAAGGACGGUAAAACUCCCCUGCAGCUGGUCCAGAUGCCCCCAGUAAUCGUCGAAACAGCCAGAGCGCCUCAGAGAGCCAACAGUGAGUCUUACACACAGAGUUUCCAGAGCAGAAGACCUUUCUUCACCUGGUGGUAGGAACGCCACAAUGAUGAGGAAGAGGAGGAGCAGCAGGAAGCAGGAGUGAGGGAAGAAGCCAGGAGUCAUGAUGUACUGUUGGAUGUAAGGACACUAUCUGAGAGCGCACGAGUCUGUCCUGGACAUGGAAAUAAACAUCACCCGUCCUGUGUGGAUACUUUGGUUUGAGACUGAGUUUAUGGAUGGAGAGAUGAGGCCGAAAGAGGAAGAAUCUCAUAACAUAUAUUCUCUGUUCGCCUCUGUGCCUUGUGUGUGUGGAUGUCAAUGAAAAAUGAACUCAAAGAUGAAGAUUGUGAACCUUCCUGCCAGAGAGAGAGAUUUCAGUGAGAGGUUGGACUUUUCUUUCAGACUUCCUGGGUGCACGUAAUGUUUGCUCACACGACAGCUUCUCGUUCUUCUUUUAGGACGGGAGCUGUUUGCAUUCCAUAUUUUUUUUUUGUCUUCAUACCUCUUUUGCCUUUUAAUAUUCGCCUGCAUAUUCCCUCCUGUGCAGUUACAAGCCCCGGGCUGGUGAGAGCAGCAGUGCAACUACUGAAGAUCAACAUUUUGUUUCACGGAAAAUAAAAAAGUGUUCGAGGUGGUUAACCUUUGAGGAUUCAGAUACUGGUAAACUUUAUGUAAACACAAAUGUGAACUGGUUUCACAGUAACAUGUUGCUCCUCCUAACUGUUUAGAUUUGGAUCUAUGAGUACACAGGGUGAUGUUGUAAGGCAGAGGCACAAGCUGUUUGUCAAGCUAAGUGGCUCGCCUAAUGUUCCUUCUGUCACUAAUGAGUUAAACCACCGGUGAAGAAAAAAAAAACCCUCCUCUGAAGCAGGCCGAGGACAGGUCAGCCGCCAUCAGCCCACACGCUCCUGUUCGUCUCAGCCGAGUUGAUUUCUGUUCGUUUUCUGCCUGACGUGAGGUGGACUGAAACAAAGUAACUUCCUGCUGUACUGAAAUGACAUGAAAUGUAUUGUGGCAAUGCACUGUAUAAUUUGUAUGUAAUAUUUAAUGAUAGAUUAUAAUUAAAACAUAUUCCCUUAA